AUGCCAUCAUUUGUGCUAGGUCUGAAUGUGCAGUCUGCAGUGCAGGCUGUGGAGAUACCACUGCCACUUGCGCCUCAAGGUACUUUGGGGACUUGUCGGUGUGAUGAUGGGAGGAAGCUGAAGCAGAAGGCAAGGAGAAGAAGGCAAGGAGAAGAAGGCAAGGAGAAGAAGGCAAGGAGAAGAAGGCAAGGAGAAGAAGGCAAGGAGAAGAAGGCAAGGAGAAGAAGGCAAGGAGAAGAAGGCAAGGAGAAGAAGGCAAGGAGAAGAAGGCAAGGAGAAGAAGGCAAGGAGAAGAAGGCAAGGAGAAGAAGGCAAGGAGAAGAAGGCAAGGAGAAGAAGGCAAGGAGAAGAAGGCAAGGAGAAGAAGGCAAGGAGAAGAAGGCAAGGAGAAGAAGGCAAGGAGAAGAAGGCAAGGAGAAGAAGGCAAGGAGAAGAAGGCAAGGAGAAGAAGGCAAGGAGAAGAAGGCAAGGAGAAGAAGGCAAGGAGAAGAAGGCAAGGAGAAGAAGGCAAGGAGAAGAAGGCAAGGAGAAGAAGGCAAGGAGAAGAAGGCAAGGAGAAGAAGGCAAGGAGAAGAAGGCAAGGAGAAGAAGGCAAGGAGAAGAAGGCAAGGAGAAGAAGGCAAGGAGAAGAAGGCAAGGAGAAGAAGGCAAGGAGAAGAAGGCAAGGAGAAGAAGGCAAGGAGAAGAAGGCAAGGAGAAGAAGGCAAGGAGAAGAAGGCAAGGAGAAGAAGGCAAGGAGAAGAAGGCAAGGAGAAGAAGGCAAGGAGAAGAAGGCAAGGAGAAGAAGGCAAGGAGAAGAAGGCAAGGAGAAGAAGGCAAGGAGAAGAAGGCAAGGAGAAGAAGGCAAGGAGAAGAAGGCAAGGAGAAGAAGGCAAGGAGAAGAAGGCAAGGAGAAGAAGGCAAGGAGAAGAAGGCAAGGAGAAGAAGGCAAGGAGAAGAAGGCAAGGGAAAGAGUAA